GGCCAUACCAAGGAGGGCGGACGCUUUCCCGGCACGGCGGAAAGCGAAACCGGAGCGCGCUUGGCCGGCGGGGGAGGCAGCACCCUCCAUCCAACGGCGGCGGCGCGGGCGCGCCUUCCCCGCCGAGCAGGAGGAGGAGGAGGAGAGGCGCAUGUAAAAGAUGCGCAUCUCGCCCUGGCUCGAGAGCGCAUCGGGGUGGGGUGGGGUGCGUGUGUUUCGGUUCCACAUCGUCGCGCCUCCGGGCGGCUGAAAGCGAGGAAAAGAAACCGAAAGUAACGUCCCAGGGCCGGUGCCAGACUAUUUUGCGCCCAAGGCAAGGGUCUCCUGUCCUUCAACAAUUGUGUCACUGGAAAAAAACAUUUUCUACCUGUCAAAAGUCCCUGCCUUUGGGAUGGGGAUUAUCCAUGCUGACUGUCUUAGAUUGACAAAGAGAGAGAUUGACAAAAAUCAAGACAAAAUGGAGGUGAAGAUAGAUGUAGGAAAAAAUCAACAACAACAACAACAACAAUAAAACAAUCACGGGCAAAGCAAGAACAUAGUAAAAAAAACCUGAGGCCUCAUUUCUAUUAAGGUUCAUAUUUGCCGCUGCCUUUUCGGUUUUGUUCUGUUCUGUGCCAAUAACUGCUGCACAAGAGGCAGAAAUCAACUGGCACAAUUCCUCUCGACCACGUGCAAAAAUUACUUGGAAGCCUCCUGUCGGCAGGGUUGCGCAAGACUUGUGACCCAGGAGAAGGGCCGUAUCCUGGCUGAGGUGCAGCAUCUUCAGCAUAGCGAUGAGGACAUUUGAAUGUCCCUUGGGAGACAUGCAUGAUUUCUCUUCAAAAGAAGCCCAGUACCUGCUUCACAAUAAGUUUGUUGUGGUCAUAGGUGAUUCCAUUUAUCGAUCCAUGUAUAAAGAUCUGAUCUACAUCCUGCAGAAAGACGAGAUGCUCACCCUUGACCAGCUGAAGGAAAAGGGGAAGGAGACCUUUGCCAAUGACUGCCGUGUGGAGUUUGAUGGGCUGCAUCCUGGAACGGAUUUCUGUGAGGUCCGCCAGUACCGCACCAGUCACCACCUUGUGCGUUUCUACUUCAUCACCCGCGCUUAUUCGUCCUAUGUGGAGAGCAUCCUGAACGACUUCAAGGCCGGGGUGGAGAGCGGCCUGACACCGGACGUCAUCAUCAUCAAUUCCUGCAUCUGGGACCUCAACAGGUACCACGAUAACUCCACCAAAGAGCCUCCUCUCCCAAAGGCCAUCAGAGAAUAUCGGCAGAACCUGGAGAAGCUCUUUGCAGGUCUGGAUGACGUCCUGCCCUCGGGCUGCCUCGUCAUUUGGGACACGGCCAUGCCCAUAAGAGAAACGGUCACCGGGAAAUUAUUUAAGAACUGCACUCCUAUGGAUGUGAUCCAUAGCAACUUCUACAGUGCCAGCAUAGCCUGUUGCUACCAAUUUGAUGUCUUGGACUUGCACUACUCCUUCCGCUUUCUGGAGCAGUACCUUCACAAGGACGGCAUCCACUGGAAUAACUGGGUACAUCGGUGCAUCACCAAACUUCUGCUGACCCACAUGGCUGAUGCCUGGGGAGUGGAGCUCCAGAAGAGGAAACCUCAAAUUGACUUCACAGGAAUAGAUUGGAAUGGAAAUAUCGAAGAGCAAUCCCCUUCCUCACGGCUGCCCUUCCCACAGGGGCCACGGCAGCCACUGCCACUUGCCAGUGGCUCACCCUUUAGCCAGUUCAAUCCUUUUGCCCAACAUCAUUCUAGCUACGGCAGCAGGACCGAAGAGGGAUUUGAAUAUGUCCCAGAAAAUGCUUAUGUCAAUGGCCCUGGGGAUGGAUUUGAAUAUGGGCACGGUCCCCAGCCUUGCCCUGGUCCCCUCCAUCUCGGGAACGGUCCUUAUUUCCAACACAAUGGGAACUAUAGCCAUGAGCCUGGGGAUGGAUAUGAAUACGAGCAGGGGCCCCCGCCCCACCCUGGCCACCUCCACCUUAGGAACGUUCCUCACAUCCAACACAAUGUGAAUUGUAGCCAUGGGCCCAGGGAUGGAUUUGACUACGGGCAGGGGGGCCCACCCUUCGCUGGCCAUCCCAAUCCCAGCCAUGAGUCUUAUCUCCAAUACAGGGCGGAGGUCAUCAGUGGGCCCAUGGAUGGAUACGGCCAUGAGCAGUGCCCUCUGCCCUACCCUGGUCAGCUCCAGCCUGGCCAUGAGCCCUAUUCCCUGGGCAGUGCCAACUAUGCCAAUGGGCCCGUGGAUGAAUACGGAUAUGAGCAGUGCCCCCCGCCUUACCCUGGCCAGCUCUGUCCUGACAAUGAUCCAUAUUCCCUGGGUGAUGCCAACUUUGCCAAUGGGCCCGUGGAUGGCUAUGAAGACGGUCAGGGUGUCUCGUCCUAUCCUGGCCAGCUCUAUCCUGACAAUGAUCCAUAUUCCCUGGGUGAUGCCACCUAUGCCAGUGGGCCCACUGAUGGCUAUGAAGACGGUCAGGGCGUCUCGUCCUAUCCUGGCCCACUGAAUCCCAGCAAUGAUCCAGAUUUCCAGCAUCAUGCUAACUAUGCCCGUGGGCCCAUGGGUGGCUGUGAAGACGACCAGGGCCCCCCGCACCAUCUGGAAGAAAUCCAUCCCGGUGGCUUCCCUGCUCCUGGACCCAAUGAGGAGCCUUGGCCCCUCCCUGGCUUGCCACACAGGCCGCCUAGAAGAGCCCGGGGUGGCCGCUGCAGUGGGCCCAGAAUGCGUCGCCAGCCCAGCUACAGCCAGCGCCACAAUGCCCACCCCUACGCCGGGUCUUGGGGCGGCUCCGGGAACCCCCAGCACUUCGGAGUUGCCUCCUUCCGAGGAUCCAGGCCCUGGCAGCGAGGACGGUCGCGGCGACCUUGAGUUUUCCCCUCUGAGCGUGACGGGACUAAACCUGCCUGCAGUUGUAGAGGGCUUUCUACGCACACACUGAAGGACUGGAACCGUGGUCUCCGUGCGGCUGCUGGAACCGUAAACGUGCCUUUUGUUACAUGCUGCGAAUCUGGGUUUGGGCCAAGGACUUAUGGAUUCUGGCGAGAGGCACCCCCCUUCCCUUCCCCAUACUUCUUUUUAAUCUCCCCCCCCCCCCCCGAAAAAAGGAUGCCUUCACCACCACUGAUAGUGGGGGAAACGGCCGUAAUCGUAGCCGUGGCCUGUAUCGAAGAUUCCCGCUGGCUCUCUCGGUAAAAAAACGCCGCUGCUUCUUUUAAUCUUAACUAGGCUGGGCUCCUGUCAGUGAUGCUGCCCUUUCUCAGGGGAGAUGCAGCAAAACGUCCCUGCUGCUUCCUGUUCUCGGGGAAACGCAAGUCUGGAUAGAUUAUCCACAAGGAAGGGCCACCCUGGCAAUGCCUCCAUCUUUUCUCCACCGGUGCCUGUUGCUGUCCCUACCUGGCAAUGUGAGCGUUUGCAGAGCGGCUGUUUGGCCCUCGAGUUCCCUGACCCAGCCGGCUCUGGCACAGCGCCCUGGAGCACGUGCACUGCUUGGAACCGCUGCUUUCAAUACACAGCCUGAAUGCAUUUUAACGUGUGUUUUCAAACUCUCCAGGUGGAAACAGCAAGCCUUCCCCCUGCUGGCACAGGGUUGGGCCGGGUGGGACGGAGGGGUCUCCUUUCUUGCCUGUGAAAUCGUUACCGAGAACGUUUCCUUGCCUGGAAUAAAGGUGUGUGUUUUACGAA